CGGGUAGACACUUCCCGCAAUUGACGUAUCAGUGGCGCGCAGGGUUUUGAAAAAUUUCUGUUUUUUAAGUCAUCUGUGUAUGAGGGUAUAGCCGGUGAAGCAGUGAAAGCCAAUUUUCGAUUGUUGUUGAUGAAGAAAAACUCUUAAAUGGAUGAUUAUCUUCCUAGAGUGGAAGUUCGAGUUAUAGAUGAAGAAAAAGGAAAAGGUCUUUUUGCUCUUCGAAAAUUUAGCCCUGGUGAUGUGAUUUUUGAAGAACGACCCUUAGUGUGUGCUCAGUUUUUAUGGAAUCAGGCUUAUGGUUAUCUUGCAUGUGAUUAUUGUAUGAGACCCUUGGAAACUGCUGAAGAAAAUGUUCAAAGGUUAACAGGCAUGCAAGAUCUUCGACUGCCAUAUCCUGAAUGUUGUGCAACAAAAAAGGAAGACUAUGUUGAAUGUCCAUAUUGUGAGGUUUCUUAUUGCAACUCCGAUUGUAGAGCUCAAGCAUGGGAACAGUAUCAUCAAGUUUUGUGUACUUCUUCUUUAUUUGGUAAUACACAGCAUCCACUAGACCAGCUGCAAGAUGCAUGGAGACAAAUGCAUUAUCCUCCAGAGACUGCCAGUAUCAUGCUUAUAGCAAGAAUGAUUGCAACUGUUAAACAGGCAAAAGACAAAGCUGGUGCUGCUCAUUUGUUUUCACAGUUUUGCCAUAAAACAAGAAGUAGAAAUGGUGAUAUUGCACAUCGAUUGCUUGGUAAACAGUUUCAGGCUCAAGUAGAACAUUUGAGGCAGCUUAUGAUAAAAGGUCUACAGGAUGAAGAUCUGUUGCAAUGGUUUACCAUAGAGGGUUUCCGUUCUCUUAUUGCAUUAGUUGGUACUAAUGGCCAAGGUAUUGGAACUAGUGCAUUUGGUGUGUGGGUAAAAAACUGUGAUUCACUGGACUUACCUUAUGAAGAGAAAGAAAAGUUAAAUACAUUUAUUCAUGAAUUAUAUGAGAGUAUUGAAAAAGAAACAGGAUCAUUCUUGAAUAAUGAAGGCUCUGGACUUUAUCCUUUGCAGAGUGCAUGUAAUCAUAGUUGUUUGCCAAAUGCAGAAGCAACAUUUCCUUACAAUAAUUUUACUCUGGUUAUGGAAGCCAUAAAAGAAAUUCAACCAGGAGAAGAGAUAAUUGUUUGCUACUUGGAUGAGUGCAAUAGAAACCGCAGCAGGCACAGCCGAAUUAAACUUUUGAGAGAAAAUUAUUUGUUUACCUGCACCUGUCCUAAAUGUGAAAGUCAAAGAUCAGAUGCAGAUUUUACCAGUGAGAGUGAAGCAGAUGAUGAAUAAAGACAUUUGACAUCAGAUUUCUUGUUAUUGUGAUAUGAUCACUAUUUUAAAAAACUAAUUGCUAGUUUUAAUUAUGUAGAUUAUACUUUCAAUGCAAUAAAAAUAGAUUUUCUUUUUUGACUUGUUAA